CUCUCCCCUUCAGACACAAAGCUUGUGCAGAGGGCCUGAUAGGUGUUGCCUUGCCUGCAGGAGACAUUUCUUAAAGAGAGGAUAUUAGAGGUUUGAGCAUUGAUAAGUUUAUGGAGUCUAGGGAGGCAUCCUGAAGAUCUAGUCCUGUCCCUGAGUAUAAUUCCCUGCUCUACCUCCCUGGGUGAUCUCAUCCUCUCUUUGCCUCAGUUUCCAUGACAUGUUGAUGCCUCUCAAAUAUAUACAUUUGGUCCAUUCCCUUCUUUAAGCUUCAUGCCCAUUCAUCCCAGCUUGACCCUUGGAUCUUUCAAAGGCAACUUAAUCUAAUUAUAUUUUAACCUGAAAUCAUCCCUUUUUCACCUUCCGCUUACCCCCAAAUUAUGUCCCUCUGUGUAUUCUUCCUUUUGGUUAAGGGGUUUUUCCAAAUUAGAAAUCCUGGUUAUCUUCCUUUACUCCUUUGUUAUUCCCCAAAUGCAGUCGAUAAUUAAAUCUACCUUCAUGAUUUCUUCUGGCUCUUCUUCCUCUUCAUCCCCUUUGUUCUGCCUUUGCUCAAGCAGAAUUUCUUGUCUCUUUCUCUUCUGCUGGUACUCUACAUGGGCUUAAGGGUUGUUUUUCAAAAGAACACCAGUAUGGCCACUAUUGUGCAGGUUGUGUAUUGCACAGAGGUGCUGCAUUCAUACUUUGGAAAUUGCAUGUUUGUAUAUUUAUUAUGACAGCCUUCUGGCAGAUGGCAGCAAAAUGUAUCAUUCUAACAUCAGCAUGUUAGGACAGCUAAGGAAGGGAAACCUUCAAACACACAUAAAGUGCCUAAGGACUGAAGAAUAUCUUCUGUUCUUAUGUCUUUAGUAUUCUGCCAGGCAAACUUUUUGUCCUUUAAAACCCAACAUAAAUAUCCCUUACUCAUAAAGCCUUUUUUGAUAACUCUGCAAGAGUCACUUGUUCCUUUUCCUGGGCUAAUGCCCUAUUUGAUUACUUCCUUUUUACAAUGCUUAUCAUAUUAUAUUUUAAUAAUUGGUAUAUGAGUCUCUGUCUCAUUGUACUCCAGGACCCACAAGGAUAGGGACAAUGUUUAAUCAUUCUUUGAUCCUCAGCAUGUAAAGUAAUGUCCAACACAUAAAGUAUAUCAAUAAACAUAAAUAUUUGAUUGCUUGGCAUGAUUCAAGCAUAGAGUUGAAUACUUUACCCACAUUAUCUUGCUUAAUCCUCACAGCAACCUUCUGAGUCCUGUCAUUACCACAUUUUACAGGUGAGGAAAUUGAGAUUAGGGAGGUGAGUCAUUCGCCUCUAGAUGAACAGCUGGUAGAUGGCAUGUGUGGUAUGCUGGGGUGUGGCCCUGGAGGACUUGUGCUAGUUUCUCAGCGAUUCUCUUCUGUUUUGUCUCUCAGAGUAAUGAUGCGGGUGUGCUGGUUGGUGAGACAGGACAACCGGCACCAGCGAAUCAAACUUCCACAUUUGGAACCAGUCGUGGUCGGGCGCAGCCCAGAGACCGAGAUCACUGACAAGAAAUGUUCUCGACAGCAAGUGCAGUUGAAAGCAGAGUGUAACAAAGGAUAUGUCAAGGUAAAGCAGGUAGGGGUCAAUCCCACCAGCAUUGACUCAGUCAUAAUUGGGAAGGACCAAGAGGUGAAGCUGCAGCCUGGCCAGGUUCUCCACAUGGUGAAUGAACUCUAUCCAUAUAUUAUAGAGUUUGAGGAAGAGGCAAAGAGCCCUGGCCUGGAAACACACAGAAAGAGAAAGAGGUCAGGCAACAGCGAUUCUGUAGAAAGGGAUGCUGCCCAGGAAGCUGAACCUAGUACAGGACCAGAACCUGGGAGUGACCCUAGCAAAUGCUUUGUGUCCCCAAACAAGGGGACAGAAGAAUCUCCCAAAAAGGAAUCAUUGGGCCACUGGAGUCAAGGCUUAAAGAUUUCUAUGCAGGACCCCAAAAUGCAGGUUUACAAAGAUGAGCAAGUGGUGGUGAUUAAGGAUAAAUACCCCAAGGCUCGUCACCACUGGCUGGUCUUACCAUGGGCCUCCAUUUCCAGUCUGAAGGCUGUGACCAUGGAACACCUUGAGCUCCUCAAACACAUGCAUGCUGUCGGGGAAAAGGUGAUUGCAGAUGUUGCUGGGCCCAGCAAACUCCGCUUUCGAUUGGGCUACCAUGCCAUUCCCAGCAUGAGUAGCCAUGUACACCUUCAUGUGAUCAGCCAGGAUUUUGAUUCUCCUUGCCUUAAAAACAAAAAACAUUGGAAUUCUUUCAAUACAGAAUACUUCUUAGAAUCUCAAGCUGUGAUCAAGAUGAUACAAGAUGCUGGCAGAGUGACUGUCCAAGGUGGUAUGCCUGAACUCUUGAAGCUGCCCCUGCGUUGUCAUGAGUGCCAGCAGUUGCUGCCUUCCAUUCCUCAGCUGAAAGAGCAUCUCAGGAAGCACUGGCCAAAGUGAUUCUGUGGAGCCUGAACUGCAGCAAGUAUGGCUGACUGUUCUGCCACCUGUUCUGGAUUGCUUGUGAACUCUUACUUAUUUCUUGAAUUAAAAAAUGCAGUUGUUUUUUU